GAGUGCAGGGUGCGCUCCAUCCAUAGCCUCGGAAACCGGACUCAUCCUCCAACAGCUGUGCUCCAGUUCCGUUUUCAUCGGGUUUUACAGUCUGCAGAUAUAGCAUGGAUACCAUUUAAGACACACUUCUGAGCCUUCAGCAGUUUCACUUGCUAAAAAAAUCUUAUUUUCUUAAAGCUCGUCCGACAGAAGUCACAAUAAUGAUGGAGUAUUGGAGGCAAUGCGCGCUGUGGUUAAUAAACUGCAAGGUGCUUCCAGCGAACCACCGGGUUACAUGGGAGUCAGCUCAAGUAUUUGACUUGGCUCAGACCCUCCGGGAUGGAGUCCUCUUGUGCCAUCUGCUCAACAACCUGAGACCCCAGUCCAUCAACCUUAAGGAAAUCAACCUCCGACCGCAAAUGUCACAGUUCCUAUGCCUGAAGAACAUCAGGACAUUCCUGGCAGCGUGCGGUGAUGUAUUCGGGAUGAAGAAAAGCGAGCUAUUUGAGGCCUUUGACCUUUUUGACGUCAGGGACUUUGGAAAGGUUAUGGACACAUUGUCUAAACUUUCCCAAACAUCGAUUACACAACAAACUGGAAUCAGGCCUUUUCCAUCGGAGGAGAGUGUUCAAGAUGAGGAUAUCUACAACCACCUGGAGGACCUCAUAGAUGAGAACGGGGUGGAGGAUGAGGAGGAUUUGUACGACUGUGUGUAUGAGGAUGAAGAUGGAGGAGAGAUCUAUGAGGAUCUGAUGAAGACAGAGGCCAUCGCUCCCCCGGCAUUCCAGAAGCAAGCAGAGACUGACAUCAGGAGCUGCUGUUUAACAGAGAUCAAGCAGACAGAGGAGAAGUACACUGAGACCCUGGAGUCUAUAGAGAAGCACUUUAUGACACCCCUCACUAUGUUCCUAUCCAUGGUCGAGAUGGAAAAGGUGUUUGUGAAUAUCCCGGAACUGGUUAAAGUUCACAAAGGUUUACUGCUGGAAAUCCAAGACUCAGUCCACCACAGAAGUGCCCAGAACCUCCACCAGAUCUUUAUCACUUUCAAAGAGAGGUUGUUGAUCUAUGGGAAAUACUGCAGUCAUGUGGAAACAGCCAUCAUUUGUCUGGACGACAUCUGCAAAGACAGGGAGGACGUGCGCAUGAAACUAGAGGAGUGUUCAAAGAGAGCUAACUACGGCAAGUUCACACUGAGGGAUCUGCUUGUGGUUCCUAUGCAGCGAGUCUUAAAGUACCACCUCCUCCUGCAGGAGCUGGUGAAACACACUCAUGAUUCCAGCGACAAGACCAAUCUGCGGACAGCAUUGGAUGCUAUGAAGGACUUGGCUCAGUACGUCAACGAAGUCAAGCGAGACAAUGAGACACUGCGAGAAAUAGAUCAGUAUCAGAAAUCCAUCGAAAACCUGAAUCAGACUCUGAGUAACUACGGGAGACCCAAAGGUGACGGGGAGGUACGGGUGGCCUCGGUGGACAAACGAGCUAAACAGGACAGGCACAUCUUUCUGUUCGACGCGGCGGUGAUCGUGUGCAAGCGGCGAGGAGACAACUACGAGAUGAAAGAAGUGAUUGACCUGCACCUCUUCAAGAUCACCAACAACCCCACAUCGGACAAAGAGAACCGCAAGUGGUCCUACGGAUUCUACCUCACUCACAACCAGGGCCAGAGCGGCUUUGAAUUCUUCUUCAAGACCAAAGAGCUGAAGAAGAAGUGGCUGGAGCAGUUUGGCAUGGCCAUAUCCAACAUUCGUCCAGAGAACGCCACAAACAACUGCCAUGAGUUUAAAAUGCACACCUUUGAAAGGAUCACCUCCUGCAACUCCUGCCACAUGCUGCUGAGGGGCAUCUUUAACCAGGGCUACCUGUGUUCCAAGUGCGGUUUAGGUGCCCAUAAAGAAUGCCUGGGCCGCUUUGGCAGCUGUGGAAAAACAGAUCCCGGCUCCGUCAGAACUCAGAGCAAAGAUCGAGAUCCAGGUCUGCCUAAGAUGCUGGUAAUCAGGAAUUAUUUUGGUGUGCCGAGCCCUACGUCUGGUCCGGCACUCAGCAUCCAUUCGGGUGACAUCAUCGAAUUAAUCUGUGCCGACCUCCACAGCCCAUGGUGGCAGGGCAAAAUCCUGACGACGAAAGAGGUUGGCUUCUUUCCAAGCGACGCUGUGAAGCCUUGCCCAUGUGUCCCGAAGCCUGUCGACUACUCCUCUCAAGCUUGGUUUGCAGGUCCCAUGGAGAGGCUUCAGGCAGAAACAGAACUCAUCAACCGGGUUAACAGCACCUACUUGGUCCGCCACCGCAGCAGAGAAUUCACAGAGUACGCCGUCAGUAUAAAGUACAACAACGACGUGAAGCACAUAAAGAUCCUGACCAAGGACGCCUGCUUCUACAUCGCAGAGAACAAGAAGUUCAGGAGCAUAUUGGAGCUGAUUGAGUACUACAAACACCACUCGUUGAGAGAAGGUUUCAGGAGUCUGGACACCACACUGAAGUUUCCUUACCAGGAACCGGAGAACGCUGCUAUGCACCGCCUCAACCGGUCCAGUAGCAACAUCUUUACACCAAAGGUGAUCGGUGUGGCGAUCGCACGGUACGACUUCAGCUCGAGGGACACCCGGGAGCUCUCGCUGCAGGAGGGUGACGUGGUGAAGAUCUACACAAAGUCGGGAGCCAACGGCUGGUGGAGGGGCGAGGUCAAUGGCCGGGUCGGCUGGUUCCCAUCCACAUACGUAGAGGAGGGUGAGGAGUGAAAGGUCCACCAUGGGAAGAAGAGAAAGAUAAAGGAAGAACAGCAGCAGUGGAGUAAGCACACUGUGAACAUAAAGAGCGAGCUUCUGCACGGCUGCUUGUUACUUUUCAGAGCGAAGCGCUCUCCUCGAUGGAGUCCUGCCGCCGGCAACACUCCCAGAAGCCUUUGGGAGAGAAAAGGGCUGUGGACGCGAAGGUGCCCCAUCAUUUCUGGUUGACUCUGUGUGACUAAGUGACUCCACCAACUAGCAGCUUGCCUGUCAGCGGGGCUCAAGCCCUCGCCAGACAUCCCCCUCCUCCCUCCCCCACUUCAUCAAUCCAUCCAUAAUUCACCCUGCGCUCCCUUCCCCUCUCGGCCCCCAGCUCCCACCUGUUCCUGCUUGCCAAGUCGGCCAUCGCCAGUCUGUCAAAAAGUAGGAACUUGAAUGCUACUCCUCCAUUCAUGCGCUCAUCCUCAAACCCCCCACCCCCCACACCUGUAGGAAUAGAGCAAUUUGAGGAGGAAAAGACCCACACUGUAUUCUGUCCCCUUCUCUCUCUGAGGGGAUUUCAGUUAGCUUUGACCUUGCCUGUGUUUCCUCCACUAAUGCUGGUAGAUAUUGAUGACUCCAUGACCCAGAUUUACACACACACCACCCACCUCUCCCCCCCUUCAGAUUAUGAUCGCCUCACACACACUCCUCCAGGAGAUGCUUGAGAGGGAUUGCGUCGGAUAGCAGCGCUGCGCAGUGCCAGCAAUUGAUCGCUGUUGUUCCUAUUUUCCUCCCUCCUCCUACAUUCUUUAUCUCGAGCCGGCCUCUCAUGUUUUCAGUUGUCUCGGCCGUUAGCGAUCCUUGGCUCUUAUCGGUGGCAGCUCUGUCGACAGGAGCACAUUCGCCGAGGGUUUAUCUUAUUGGAGGCAUUAGCAGCUUGUCGGGGAACGAGCCGCACUACCUCGAAGCCACCUGUCCCCAACAUAAAGCCGAUAGAAAACAUAAGCAGCUCAACUUUCUUCUCCUUUCAUAUCAAAUGUUCUUUUUCCUCACUUUCUUUGCUUUGUCUAAGUUCCAACAUCUACAGACAGGAUGAUUGAUCUUGGAAAAUGAGACACUCUGUUUUAACAGGAUUUUACCUGACUAUGCAUCACAAUAGGAACAGACGCGAGGUAUCUUCUGUGUUCAACCCUCGCCCCCGGGGUACAUAUACACACUGCCUCCUUAAUCCACAUUUAAAGAGGAUUUCCCCACAUUUGAAGGGAAUAAAUACCCACUUUACUCACUAUUCAGCCAUUAUAUAGCCAAAGAGAGUGUGGGAAGACAGUGUACACAGAAUUAAAAUAGUGAUCAAUUUAUGUCUGGAGGUGAGACAGAAAAUCCCCGGCUGUUGACUUUGUGCAGCGAUGUUUAAGCUCAGCCUGGAUUCUCUCUUUCGCAGAUAGAGUGAGAAACACACUACAAACCAUAAAUCUGUGUUUGAAAAAUGUACAUUUAAAUUGAAUUCAUGGCAAACUCUUUGAACUAAUCCUUUAAUUUCUUCUUGCUUUGAAGCUGUUCUUUGGCUAUAUUUCUUAUGUUUCCCCUCAUACAGACUUUCACACUCGCCUACACAUGACAUUUCAAAAACCAUCCAUCUCUUUUCUGUUAAGGGAAGUUAAAAAUAAAAUGUACAUAACAUACAUUCUUGAGGUGACAAAAAAAAAGCAGCACACUUUGAAUAGAGUCAGAACUUUCUAAUGGAAAAGUUUGAGUGGACUCUGCGUCUGAUAGGGCAUUACUCCCAUUCAAAGCCAUCACCCUCCCCUGUCAUGCCUCCAUUGGGUAUUGUGUCAGAAAUAUAUUUUGUGAAUCAAAGUAAGAAUUUAUUGUAAAGAUAUGCUUUUGUAGGCUCUUAAUGGAUCCAUUAUGUUUGGAAAUCCAUAAUAACCCCCUGCCAGCCCUGCCACUCCACGCCAUUAUGAUACGUAUGACAAUAUAUGUUUUUGUUCUCAGUCACGUUUCAAACUGCACUGAAGAAAUGUGUCAUCUUAAUGCAUUGUGACGUCCCCUUUUUCCCAAAAUGUGCUUCAUCAGUGUCAUUAAGUGACCACUAGAUGGAAGCAUCUUAAACCCAACACUUCCCAAAGCCAGUCACCUUCAAUUUGCUUAAAUUAGGAGAUGACAUCAUCCGAUAAGGAGGGUCACAAUAUUUCGGGAGGCAUUUAGCAUCCUCCUCAGACAUGUUGCUGUGAGGGAAAGAGGAUGAAUUAUUGACAAAUACAAAGUAUGUUAAGACACAAUUUAAGUUGUGUAAAGAAGAGAAGCGUCGGGAUUAGUAAGGCAGGUGAAAGAAACAGAUAUGAAAUUAUUUUAAAAAGUUGUGGAGUUUCUUGACAUUCCCUGACUUUUAACAGAUUUCCAAGAACUUCGUGUUUCUAUUUGUUCUCCUCGUCUGUUCCCAAAAGUCUCUGAGCAGCCAAACAUUAGAUUUAUAACAUCUUUAGGAAUUCUGCGGCGAUGCAGCGGCGCAAAUGUGAUCCCGCCCAAGCGUCUCUGCCGUCUUGGGAGAAGAGGCAGAGCGGGCUGCUCUAAUCGCAGACUCUGGUAAUCCACUCCCGCAGUCCUCCUCGGCCCAGAUGAACUCUGACAGCUGGGCCAUUUACAACUGCAGGCCUUCCUCCACUCCUAGUGCGCUUCCAGAUUUUUUUUUGUGUGCAGGAGGGACGGGAGGAAGGCUCAAGGGUAUCUGUGAUCUAAUCAUUACACCAUCUCCUCACCCCAGCGACCCCGCUGCAUCCAUCUCUCUGUCGGCUCCUCUCCCUCGCUCUAUCUCACCUUGUCACUUCCCUUCUCUCUUCCUCUCUUUACUGCUCUCUUCCACCAUCUAUCUUUCAUCCAAUCUCUGUCUUUCUCUCUGUAUUCUGGCCCUCACCCCGAUGCUCUGUAGGCUGUAUCUGCUGUAUUGGCGGGAGGAGAACAGCAGGUCAUCAGUAGAUGAAUACUCUGUAAACAACAUUAGGACUGCUUUUAAUUUGACCACACCUUCAUAAACUGAGAGGAAUAAAAGCAAUUAGAGAAUGAAUUAGCUGUCACCUCUGUCCUCUCCUCAUAUGGAGUGUGCACUGAUUCUGUCUAUAUGCAGAGGCACACGCCGUGUACGUGUGAAGAAAUGUUCUGGGUUCAGGAUACAAUCUCCUCUGCCAACAUGAGAGGACAUUUCUGUAGUAACCUGUGCAGAAACAGCACACUAUCACCCAUACAUGAAGAAAAUAUGUUUCUUCCUGCACUCAAAAUCCAUCCUUAAUCCAAUGACAAACCCCCCCCCCCCCUUCCCUCUGUGUACUAUUGCUCCCUCCUGACUGUGCAUUGUGUGUCCCCGCUCCAUGUCCUGUGAUCCCCAUGAAGCCAAAGAUGUACGCUGUACUAACUGUACACUCAGUGUUGUGUGUCAGAACCACAGAACCCGACCGCUGUGGCCUAACUCUAAAACCGUGCAAUCUCAACUGUGUAGCAUUACCGUGUAUUGUUGCUGUACCAUACUGUAAAUAUGUACAUAGCAUAUAAUAAAGAUAUACAUUGCUUCUGAUUUUAAAA